GGAAAAUACACAUAUUCACUCAUUCUGUGACUUCAGCUAUAGAAUUCUCUCGAACCCUUAACAAUUUAUUUCCAUUUUUACCCUCCUCCUUCUUUAUAUUUCCAUCUACCUCACGCAUUCUCACUUCUCCAACCAUUUCUUAAUCGCUAAUCUCCGCAUUUUCUCUACUUCUCAAUUUCUCACAUUCCCUGAACCAUGGAUGAAGAUUUCGAUAUUCCGGCGGUUGACCAGAUGGACGACGAUUUCGACUUUGCCGGCGCCGGCGACAAUCCUAUUCUCAAGGUCGGCGAAGAGAAGGAAAUUGGUAAGCAGGGACUGAAGAAAAAGCUCCUCAAAGAAGGUGAAGGAUGGGACACUCCCGAAGUUGGCGAUGAAGUUCACGUUCACUAUACUGGGACGUUGCUUGAUGGUACUAAGUUUGAUUCCAGUAGAGAUAGAGGAACUCCUUUCAACUUCACUCUUGGACAAGGGCAAGUCAUCAAAGGAUGGGAUGAUGGUAUUAUAACCAUGAAGAAAGGUGAAAAUGCCCUUUUCACCAUCCCGGCUGAGUUGGCUUAUGGGGAGUCUGGUUCUCCUCCAACAAUUCCUCCCAAUGCUACUCUACAGUUUGAUGUUGAGCUGCUGUCUUGGACUAGUGUGAAGGAUAUAUGUAAAGAUGGAGGGUUGUUUAAGAAGGUCCUUAAGGAGGGGGAGAAAUGGGAAAACCCUAAGGAUCUUGAUGAUGUCUUUGUUAAGUAUGAAGCACAUCUUGAGGAUGGAACGCUUGUUGGAAAAUCUGAUGGGGUGGAGUUCACUGUGAAGGAGGGUCAUUUUUGUCCUGCAUUGUCAAAGGCUGUUAAGACAAUGAAGAAGGGCGAGAAAGUGAUUUUGACUGUGAAGCCACAAUAUGGAUUUGGUGAGAAGGGCAAACCAGCUCAGGGUGGUGAGGUUGCAGUUCCACCUAAUGCAACAUUGUUGAUUACACUUGAGCUAGUUUCUUGGAAGACUGUUUCUGAAGUAACUGAUGACAAGAAGGUCAUCAAAAAGAUUGUCAAGGAAGGAGAAGGAUAUGAACGUCCGAAUGAGGGAGCUGUUGUGAAAUUGAAACUAGUUGGUAAGCUGCAAGAUGGCACUGUAUUUGUUAAGAAGGGUCAUGGUGAUAAUGAAGCCGAGUUGUUUGAAUUCAAAACAGAUGAUGAGCAAGUAAUUGAUGGGCUUGAUAGAGCUGUAAUAACCAUGAAGAAGGGUGAGGUAGCAUUGUUGACCAUUGCACCUGAGUAUGCUUUUGGGUCAACUGAGACUAAGCAGGAAUUGGCAGUGGUUCCCCCUAAUUCAACCUUGCAUUAUGAGGUUGAGCUAGUAUCAUUCGUAAAGGAUAAGGAGUCCUGGGACAUGAAUACUGAAGAGAAGAUAGAAGCUGCUGGUAAGAAGAAAGAAGAAGGAAAUGCCUUGUUUAAAGCUGGUAAAUAUGCAAGAGCUUCUAAAAGAUAUGAGAAGGCUGUAAAGUACAUAGAAUACGAUACUGCCUUUGGCGAAGAGGAGAAGAAAAGUGCCAAGGCUUUGAAGGUUGCUUGUAAUUUGAACGAUGCAGCGUGCAAGUUGAAGUUGAAAGAUUAUAAACAAGCGGAGAAAUUAUGUACAAAGGCUCUGGAGCUUGAGAGCACCAACGUGAAGGCUCUUUAUAGAAGGGCUCAGGCAUAUAUUCAGUUGACUGACUUGGAUUUAGCUGAACUUGAUAUCAAGAAAGCUCUUGAGAUUGAUCCUAACAACAGGGAUGUGAAGCUGGAGUAUAGGACUCUGAAGGAAAAGGUGAAGGAGAUCAACAAGAAAGAUGCAAAAUUUUAUGGAAAUAUGUUCAGCAAAAUGAAAAAAUUGGAUUCUCUUGACAGUAAUAAUUCGGCACCAAAGGAUGCUGAACCUAUGAGUAUUGACAGCAAGGCAUAAACCACUAUGGGAAUGGAAUCAAUGGAGUCAAAACGUCUUUUUCCUAAUCGGUGUUAGACAGUUAUGAUGGGUUUUAAGGCAAUUUGGGACAAUUUGUUAUUUUGUUUUGAAUAGGGGAAAUUGUGUUUAGGAAAGACUAAAGAUGAUUGACAUUGUGGAUUCUGCAAUGUGUGUGGAGCUAGUUGGCUACAUUCAUGUUUAGUUUGCAUUUAAGUUUUUUUUAUGGAAAAAAGAAGUGUCUCCAUCAUACUACUUAUACUCCUAAUUUGUGUCUUCUUGGUUAUAGUAUUA